AGAUGUGAGGAAUGAUCACGUGGGUGAUGGUCGGGCUGCUCUUGGCUGCGGAAACUUGCGGCAGAAACGUCCUCUCCGGAAACGGAAACGGAAAGGAGGAGUCGAAGCAGAAGGACGGGCUGAAGGGAGUCGCCACGGAGGAGGAAGACAUCUACCGUCUAACGUGCUACACUUGCGUCAACGUCAGCGAUAACCAGCUAUCGUUUCCUUUUCUUUUUCUCCUGUGUUCGCAGAUGUGCAACGAAUGGGCGAUAGAUACACCGUGUCCGGUUGGUGGCCGAGACUUCUGCAGAUCGCUGCAGAUUUUGGACAGUCGUGGAAACAGCGUCUUGGUGAGCAAGAGCUGUGUGAACAGCACGGAAUGCGGCCCUGCCUCGGUCGGUUGCAUCCCAAUGGACACGCAGCAGAUUUGCAUCAGUUGCUGCGACCUGAGCUACUGCAACAUCGAGUCGCCGACCAACGCCACCAACGCCAUAUUCUCGCGGAAACGGCGCGCCAAAUCGAAGUCGAAGCGCAAACGACCCGGGAGAAACGGGGUCGAGGGCAGCCGAUUCUACGGGGACGGCGCGCUCUGGCUCCUGGCCUCACUCUUCUAUGCAUAUCAUUGCUGAGGAAGCAGCAAACGCGGAAGAAUUUUCUUAGUUAGAAGACGCGUCGUGAAGCGGUGCGCCAGGCAGCUCGGGAAUUACCAUCCUCCACCGGGGUUACCAUUCGAGACUAUAAACAGAAUUUUUUGCGGAAUCGUCUCUAUUUCUCUUGUCCUCUACUACGUAUUACUCUCUCGUCUCUUCUCGACUGACAGCCCUGUCCCUUCAUUGUCACACCUCUACACACGCGCACACACACAUCCUUUCACGUUUAAAAAUGUAACUUCGAAGUAAAAAUUAACUGGCAGAAAAGUAUUUGCGCUCUCUGCGCUUCUCGCGAAGCUUUGGAGAAAGAUCUAUGCCCUCUAUCGAUCAGCUUCUCGUCUCCGUUUCCUCGACGAAGUGAAUCGCGAAUCGCGCGCUACUAAAUCGCGCGACAGCGUGUUUAGCGAAAUUGGGAAUCUGUUUGUCUUUCCCUUCAUCGACAGAUUCGAGGAGCACCGGCUCGACUCCCGAAGUUAGGGGAGACGUCGCUAGAAACGCUCUGGGAGAAUCCUGCGCUGUCUGAAGCAUGUAUAGUUAACCGAGGGUCGUUUCAACGACUCUCAGUGAUGGAAAAAGGAAUUGUUCUCUUCUCGUAGUAGCGUAGUUGCCUAUGCCUUGUUAGAAAACGAAAAGAAAUGAAGAAACCAAAAAACAAAAAAACAAAAAAAAAAAAAUGAAGAAAAAAAUAACAGAAAUGAAAACACACACGCAACACACACCAGACAAGAAGACUAAGUUCGAAGCGAGAUUGAACUUUCUACAGAGGAAGUUACAGUGCCAAAGAGAACGAAGAAAAAAAUGAAACACCUUCCAUAGAGCCGAUUUUACAAGGGCAUUUUUAUUUUCGAUCGAGCACAGUCAACGCUGAUGUACAACUGGUACAAUGAAGAUUCAUAUUGUUUUCGCGUUUCAAAGGCCCUGAUUCGACACGCGGAAUUUCAUUUCGACUCCUCGAGGAAAGGCGGAAAGGAAGAAGAGAGACGCGGAAAGAAAAAUGCCUGUUCCCCGCGAUCCAUUCCGUACCUAGUAGAACAACGAUCGAUCGUUGUCCUCGAGGCACUCGCUCGUUGAAGCGCCAUGAAUUCCCCAUGCGAUUCGCCGCGAUCAUGCAUUUCAUUCAAC